UCUGUGAAAUCCGUCGCGGGAAGACGUACGCGUUGGAUUUAUCGGAAACCAGUGAUCGUGUGCCCUCUCUCUCAACGAAAUCAAGUCUCGUUACCAAUCACCCAGUGAAGAUUUUAUAUAGUUAAUAUUUCACUCUGAAUUGGACGUGACGUUACCGAGUGCGUAACGCCACUGAAUGAUGAUUCUAUUCUUCUGUGCGAUCGCGUGACCUCGAAACUAAAUAGUAUACUUUAGUUUUGUACUUCGUUCUUGACCUGAGUAGAAAUUAUCUAGUCAUCAUCAUCUGCCAAAAUGAAGUUCGCAGAGCACCUCGCGGCUCACAUCACUCCAGAAUGGAGGAAACAGUAUAUAAGUUACGAAGAGAUGAAGGCCAUGUUGUAUGCUGCAGUUGAGCAGGCUCCCUCUCCUGAAGUCACAGAGCCUGAAGUCAUAACCAGAUAUUAUGCACGAUUUGACGAGCAGUUUUUCCGAGUAUGCGACAAAGAGUUGGCAAAAAUCAACACAUUUUUCUCAGAAAAAAUGGCUGAGGCAACAAGGAAAUGCUCUACCUUAAAAUCAGACCUACAAGCUUCUAAAGACCAACAUGGUGAGGGACUGAGAAACAGGAAAGGUUUUACUUUCUUGCCAAAGAUUAACGUCCCCGCCAGAAAAAUGCAAGAUCUCAAGCUAGCAUUUUCUGAGUUCUACCUAAGUCUCAUCCUGUUACAGAAUUACCAGAACCUCAACUUCACUGGUUUUAGAAAGAUUUUGAAAAAGCAUGACAAGCUCAUGACAACAACUAAUGGAGCGAAAUGGAGAGAAGAAAAUGUAGACAAUUCCCCAUUCAACACUAACAAAGAUAUCGACAAGCUUAUUCAAGAGGUUGAGGGAACUUUCACAGCUGAAUUGGAACAUGGCGACAGAGGAAAGGCCAUGAAGAGAUUGCGCGUCCCUCCUUUGGGCGAGGCACAGAGCCCUUGGACUACUUUUAAAGUUGGCCUCUUCUCUGGAGCUUUUAUCGUGCUCGUUGUAUCUGUUAUUCUGUCUGGUAUCUUCCACUGGGAAAAACAUAACAUUCAGGUUGUUCUGCGGUUGUUCAGAGGACCUUUACUAAUCAUCCUGUUCCUCUUCCUCAUUGGCAUUAACAUCUAUGGCUGGAGAUCAUCUGGUGUUAAUCAUGUGCUAAUUUUCGAAAUUGAUCCCAGGAAUCAUUUGACGGAGCAACAUCUGAUCGAGAUAGCGGCCAUAUUUGGUGUAAUAUGGGCUUUGAGUGUCCUUGGUUUCCUGUAUGCAAAUGCCCUUUCUAUACCACCUUAUUCUGUACCUUUAGCACUUUUGUGCUUUAUGGUAUUGUUCUUAUUUAAUCCAACACGUACUUUUCACCACGAAGCGAGGUUCUGGUUACUUAAAAAGCUGGGGCGAGUUGUAUGUGCACCAUUUGUGUUUGUGCAGUUUGCUGAUUUCUGGCUGGCCGAUCAGUUGAAUACUCUCGUUCAAGUUUUAAAGGAUUUUGAGUACUCCUUAUGUUUCUACAUGCAAAACAUCAACUGGUAUGAAACAAGUUCAGUUGACCAUAUGUGCAUCAACAAGACGGCAGUUGUCAGGAAUAUCGUGGCAUGCUUGCCUGCUUGGUGGCGUUUUGCGCAGUGCCUGAGACGUUACAGAGAUACAAAGGAAAUGUUUCCCCAUCUUGUCAAUGCGUUUAAGUAUUCGACCACAUUUUUCGUGGUAACAUUUUCCUCCUUAACUCAAUUAUACAAAGACCAGUACGAGGACAGCAUCAAUAAUCCGUUCUUCUAUAUGCUGGUCUUUUCAAUGUUGUUCAGCUCAUGUUUUGUCUACUGGUGGGACACGGUUAUGGAUUUUGGUGUUUUCGACAAGAAUGCCGGAGAAUUUAAAUUCUUAAGGGAAGAGUUAGUUUAUUCUUCCCCUUACUACUAUUACUUUGGUAUAAUUGAGGAUUUUAUACUGAGGUUCAGUUGGACAUUUUCCCUGGUCCUCACGGAACUUCAUAUCGUCAAUGCCAGCAACAGUGAGAUUGUCAUCUCUGUUCUUACUCCAUUGGAAGUUUUCAGACGUUUUAUCUGGAACUUUUUCCGUUUGGAGAACGAGCACAUCAACAACUGUGGUAAAUUCAGAGCUGUUCGGGACAUUUCUGUGAUACCAAUGGAUGCUUCAGAUCAGGCACAGAUUGUAAAGAUGAUGGACGAAGUAGAGGGUGUAGUCAAUCGCAAGAAGAAGAAGGCUGCAGGCAAACAACGUAAGGGCAUUGAUUCUCGUCCGUUGCUUGCAGAAGGGAAUGUUGGUGUUGGUGAAAGUGUAGAUGAAGAAGCAAACUAUCUCACAGUCACCUCAGUAGAGCUCCGUAAUUGGUUCAGGGGCAUAACAGGGCAACGUAACACACAAAAUGCUAAUGCUUAAGCCUUUUCACUGGUGGAGGUAUUAACAGCAUGCUAAUUCAGCCUGAAGAGAUGUUACCCUGUAGUUAUAGGCUUAAUGGUUAAUGAUAUACGAAACUAUAUUCAUUGAGGAAACCAUACGUUUCUGGUGUAACCUAUUGUAACGAAGGAAAAAGAAAUAUGCAUUAAUCCAUAUGCAUGAAAGGGCAUACUGACUGUUUCUACACAUAUGUAGAGUUUCUUUGUAAAAUUGAGAUGAAUCUUUCUCAAGUUCCGAGAUAUUAUAUCAGUAGUUUAUUCACACACACGUGUACGAAACAUUUAGAUAUAUGUGUAUGGGUACAAGUUGCAAGACAUCUUGUAGUAUUAGUCCACAUGUACACAGGUAUAUUUUGAAGAACAGUCCGUCCAUACACGCAUAGAUACACAUUUAUGUGCACAUUGGUUGAUGUGCAUGGUGUGUAAAGGUGGUAACAGUAGAAUUGCACAAUAUGCAGUGCUCCAAAUUUAUUGAUUACUUCUAAAAUUACAAUUGAUGAUGCAAUAAUCGACAGUCGAAUGUGACAAGGGGUCUUAAGUGCUUAUGUUGCACUUAAAUCUUUUGAACACAAGUAAUCAGCCAAAAUAUGUAAUGGGGAUCACCAACAUUGGUGGGAAGUCUUUUCUUGUAUUAUAAACCACAAAACAUUAGGUCCUCAAUACUGUAAAAAUUAGGAUGAUUCUACAAUGUUUCUAAAUUUUACAAUUUCCUUGUGUACUGUACCCUAGGGGUACUCUUACGAAACUUGUGCAGAGCAUUGAAUAAAACUCUAGUCAGUCCUUCAAAUCAAAACUUAGUCUAACACUAGUCAAAUCAUUACAGGAGCUUCCUUGUAGGUUAUAUAAUUGAUAUACAAUAUUCUCAGCUUGUUUUUCUCUUGAAAAUGGAUCCAGUUUUUCCAUGCUAAACAGAGUCUGUCGAAUUUCAUCUUUUCAGGCAUUCCUCAUUUUCAGGUUUGACAGUUAUAGGAUAGAGGGGAAAUGCAUCUCUUUUGUUCAUUAUCAUUUACACUUCAGUGUGCAUGUUAUUAUUUGAGCACAAAAAUGGGAUAUGUGCAAUACUGAGGGUUAUAAUUCUUCUCCCUCUUGUGAUAUCUUGAUUACAAAGUAUAAUUGCAUUCAAAAUAAAAUGCAUAUGAAAUAUUUUACGAAACCAUGUACCUCAAGUUUGACUUCCAAACUAAUUCUCUUUAUUUACUCCCCUUGCAUCGUGAGUGCAUUACUAUAAACCACAAGUUGUUACUAAAAUGAUAAAGUACAGGUAAUUGGAGUUCUUGGUAGAGAUUUUUAUGUUACAUACUAUCCUUGAGAUGGACACUAAGGAUGCAGGAAAGUAAGUGUGUACUUUUGUUACUUAAGUUUUGCUUUAAUGACUGUUUAUUUUAAUAGAUACGACUCUCUGUGUAGUAAUGUAAGUUGGCAGAUUUUGUUGAAAAUGGGGCUGUGUAUUUUAUCUAAGAAAUUUUCUGUCACUGCUUUGGUUUCGUUAUCCGAGGGAAUUUGGAGAACAGCAGAUGUGUGCUGUUAAAUACGUUUUAGGGACCAGGAAGAGCCUAGUAGUUUAAAAGUGAUGGGUAAAUUGUAAUUCUAGAAAGGUAUAUUUUGAUGAAAAUCCUUUUUAAGAGUGAAAAAUUUUCAUAGGCUGUAGAGACAAGUUUGCAAAUAUAUUACAAUACAUUUCAUCAUCCUCCAAAAGUCAUCUGUAAGUUGAUUAGAAUCAUAACUAGUGAACAGGUAAACAGUACUUAAUCUUCAGUAUAAAACAUUUUCAAAGACUGCAUUAUGUAUUCAUACAGUACGCCGCUAAAGGUAAUUUUGUCCUGGGGUUUUUUUACAUCAACAGUUUAAGCUAAUGGACAUUUUGUGAUUUUCUAUGCCCACUGAUUGCCUGACAAUAGUAAUGUGCAUCAUUCAACCCUCCUGAAGAGUGUGGGAAUGUCCAGGCCUGGAUAUUGUACUCACAACGAUAUUCCAAAAGGUGGUUCACUGUACACCUAGAUUAUUCUAAUUUGUAUAUUUUUCAUAACACAUUAUUUUCUUACUGCAUAUCUUAUAGGCAGUCAAUAGCACCAAUUUUUUUAUGCAACAAAUAUUAUGCACUUAUUUGGUGCUUGGCUCUUUUUGCAAAUAUUUUUCUGACAUGAAAGCGCUCCGAGUUCCCUGUAAUUUUUGUCGAUUUGGAAUAGAUGACAUAGUAAGAAAAAUUAAUUCAGUUAGUAUUCAUUUGUAUUGUAUGUUCACUCCUAAAUUAGUAUGUGAUGAGUUUUUUUAUUUUUUAAAGAACAAAGGCUGGUGGAAUUGGCAACCUUAUCCCCUUUUCUAGCUCAGUUUUCUGAAGGAAACAAAAGAGAAAAGAUAGAGUAAAAUGAGAUGACCAGAAGGCAGAGUAAUAGGUCUGCCUCUUAAAGGCAAGCUGAAAGAAAUCUAUUUGCCUUCAAAGCUUGGCAUACUCUCACUCUAUGGUUUGUGAUUUUCAGUCAGUUUAUAAGUGCCAUAGAAUUUCUUCAUUUAUUUUCCUAGUUUAAUUUUAAAAGUUCCAUUUAUUAUUUUCCUUAAGUUUUUGACUUUCAGUCAUUUUAGAUGUGCCAUAGAUAUACUUGGGGCCUUGCCUUAAAGUUUGCGAUUUACAUUGAUUUUAAAAGUGCCAUCAAACCACAUCCAUUCUUGACCACAAGUCAGUGUGAAUAGCAGCAUGACUGAAAUAUUAAUAUCUUACAUUUUUCACAAUACCCAGGCCUGGACACACAAGAUGUUCCUUCACAAAUUAAAUAUGUAAAACAUAUACCAACAACUUUACCAUAAAUUAUGACACUGCCUUUUCAUCUCAAUUAAUAUUUCGUCUGUUAGAAGGUAAACUUGUAUUAGAGCAGUGAUACAAUAGAUUGCCUUGCUUUCGGAAUGUUAUGUUGACUACCAAACUAGGAUGUGAUUACCUUUUUUGAGUCACCAAAAUACAAACACAUGGAACCAUGUGAAAUUUUUUAUUGUAAAGUUACGGUUAAUUUUAAUUUUCUUAUUGUAAAGUUAGGGUUAAUUUUAUUAGAUGACCAAGAUGACAGUAGAAAAAAAAAGGUACAGUACAGGUAUUUUUUGAACUGGAGUGACAGUUUGUAUAUUGUAUGUAAAAAUACACUUUGGCUAAAUUUCCAUGGUGUACAAAUUCACAAAACAUGAGGACAGUAGAUUUUACUUUAUUGUUUGUUGUGCAAUAAUCAUAUAGUCAUUAUUAAUGGUUAUAACUAUUAAAAUACAUUUUUAUAUUACAUUAAAGUCUGCUUUUGAUUUAGAGCCAAAGGUGUUUGAUCUCAUGUCAAAAUUCACAGGUUGACUAAUGGUUUAGUCCUUGUAAAUAUUUCUCUGUGGUUUUAAGACACUGUAAAACUAGUACUCUUUAACUUCCAUGGGUUAGUUAGGCCCCAAAAGAAUAAAUGACAAUUGAAUUCCAGAAAGAAUUUUAUGGAAAAAGAUUAAGAUGGAAGGGAAAAGUUUUGGAAGAUUUCCAACUAUGCAAAGUGUGGUUUUUGUCAAUUCAAAAUAUAUUGGGGGAGAAUAGUGCCGAGGACUGACCUCUUACAUGACAGAGGUUUUUAAGGGCUGGGGUGCUGGUGAGUAGGGCUUGUGAUGUUUGAAAGGAAAGUUGGACAGCCUAACUUUUAUGAACAAUAUGAGUGGUAAUUAUGGAUGGAGGUACAGUAUAGCUUAGCAUACUUAUAAUUUAUAGUAUAGUAAUAGAAGAAAUGGUAACAAGGCUAGGUGAACUUUAUGGCCUGAUUAUGAAGAAAUUCUUAUAGGUUACGUAUUCUCAUUCUCAGUGAGUGUCAUAGAACUAAUAUUGUGAAAACUAUAAGAACUGUUUACAUGUCGGUAUCUUCAGGCUCCGGCCUCUGUACCACGUGCAACUCACAUUUAAUGCCUGCUAGGCAGUGCUGUAAUAGAGUAAUUAUUUUUAAUUUAUUUCAUACAAUAGAAUACAUUUUGAUUUGGGCUUCCUCACAAUAGAAUAAAUUUUGAUUUGGGCUUCCCCAGACAUGCUAUGCACACCAUGCAGAGGAUAUAUUAAGAACAACACAGGAAUUUUGAGGUUCACUUUUAGACAGUUUAAUUUUAUGUUAUAGGAAACUCAGUGGUUAAGAAAUGGCUGACUUAAUGUCAUCGUUAUUAGAGGCUUGAGGAUUUGCAUGGACUGGAAUAUGUAGUACAAUUCAUUCACCUCAAGCUGUGGAUUGAAAGUAAGAUUUGGAUUGAACAGAUUAGUUAUCAUAUAGUGAAAUGUUGCAGAACUGAGACAUGACUGAUAUUAUUUGAGUUUAUAUUAUAUAAAUUGUUUCAUAGAUCAAAGAUCUCAUCAGGCUGGGGUUGCCCACGCAAGGCCAAAAUUAUAAUGUGCUUGACAUUAUAAUUUUGGCAGUUCUGAGGACAAUAUAAUUCAGUCAUUAUAUUGUCCUCAGAACUGUGUCAUGGGAGAUUAACCUUUCAAGUAUGUAGCUCUUUAUAUCAUAUAUAUUGAAAAGCAAUUAUGUAUUUUGUCUGCUGCUCCAUUAUGAAAUAUUGUAUCUCAGUUAAAGACAUCCAUUUAGGUAUUUCUUAUUUAGACAAGGAAUUAAUAACUGGAAAUAUAAAAAUACUAUAUCUAUUGACCUCAUAGGUAUAUAUACGUACAUACAAGUAUACUGUGAGUACAGUAUUUUUUUCAGUGCCUGAACUAUUGUAAUGGACUAUUAAGCUUCUAUAAUGCACCAUCACUGGAAGGUACACGUAUAUUUUUUUUUUUUUUUCAAAUCAUACACAGGUACAUGCAUUGUGAAUUUUACAAAACUUAAUAGAAUGAAUCCUUCUUAGGUUUGUUUCCGUAGGACAUUUUAGGCUGUCGUGAUAGCAGAUUAUCAUAAAGGUUUUCAGAUUGAAAAAGAAUCAUCCAGUGUUCUAAGUGGUGGUGUAAGUGAUGGUCCUGGCCAUAAAUGAGCUUGUGAAAUAAAAACUUGGUGGUUUACAUUUCCA